AUGGAACAGAUCACGUCCGAGAAAUUGUGGGCAUGGGGCAAGCCAUUUCUGCCUGUGCUUCUCACAUGGUUCAUCCCCAAGCUCACGCAAACAUACCACAAAAUCCGAAAUCCCCCUGCAAAACUCCGGGCUCUGCGGUCACCACUCACAAAAACACAUGCAUUGGUAAUUCUGUUAUUGCUAGCAACAGCCGCCCUGCAACUAGCCUACGCCUACUCGCGCCAUUAUGAAAACGUGGUUCUGCUGACCGGCUCCCGAAUGCAGACCUCUGGAUCGGUCGUCAUGUCGAGACUCAAGAAGAUCCGAGCUGUGGCGGCUGGCAUGAAUCCCAAGGACUACCAGCUGAGUGAUCGGGAGGAGGCCUUCUUCAAGGUGUACCAGACCGAUAAGGGAAGGGCCCUGUAUACUGUGUUUGGUCCUGACGUUCUGGCCGACUGCAAGUGGUGCCACCCUGAGUCCCAAUCGUCCUAUUUCCUCUAUUCCAUUCCCAACGCUGUCGCCGCCUACGUCAUUAACCUGCUCGUCACCGGAAUCGCCACCUCAUCGUCAAUUUCGUUUCAGGCCAACUCGUGGCGAAAAACCGUGCUCUACAUCUCGUUCUUCCUUCUGACUCUCGAUCUGCUUCGAAUCAACUCUCAGACCGGUCUCGAGAACCUCACUCGGCCUAACAACAAGGUGGAGUGGUACUUCCAGAUCCUGCCUGUGUGGCGAGCACAGAUCCUUGCCGGUAUGGAUGUCAUUCUCGGCAUCUGUAUGUUCCUGUCCACUACUGGUCGUCUUUUCCACACUCCUGAGCCCCUGUUCCCUCGUGUCACCAAGUGGUCAAACCAGCUCAAGACCGCGGGAGACCGAGCCAAGGCCGCAAUUAUGAUUAAGCGAUCUGUGCUCAAGCACCCUGAGCUGGCGGCACAGGAAGUGGACUUCUUCGACAAGUUCAAGGCCAAGGAGCUGGAGAUUGCGUCCAACGAAAAGAUCCAGCAGUCGCGAGAGUCUGCUAUCCAGCGAACCAACAUGAACCAGGCCAGAGCCGACCUCACCUCGUUCUACGAUAACGCCGUCAACAUGUAG